AUGUCACUUAAUUUGGGAAUAUCGUAUGAUUUUGUUCACUAUAAAACCGCCAGUGCUGUGGAAGGUGUUACGGGGUUUGUCUGUGGCGCCUACUUUCAACACGAAUGCUCAAUACGUAAUCUAUUUUACCUCAUUCAAACCGAUCCCAAUGUGUAUCACCACCGCCACAAACUUUACCCCGUUCUCUCGACAUUCAAAACCGAUCACGAAUCGCGACUGUGGAAUCGCCAGUCCCGCCUAAAGGACAAGCUUCGUGAAGUUCUAGUUGCACCCCUUUACGACAUAUUUAGCUGUAUAUUUUUAAUGAAGGAGGAACGACCUCCAAAGCCACCGAAUAUGCUGGAACUGAUUAAGUUCGGGUUGCCGGGCACUGAGAACGUCAGCGCUCACAAGGAAUAUGUAAUGUCACAGCAAUUAGGUACUAAGGCGACAAUUUGGAUGUGCGAGCACCUUCAUCGUAAUAAUGUGCAGAAGCUCGUAAGACCAACAUCCGGUGAAGAUUUUCUUCACCGUUUCACCGACAUCCGUGUACUUUCAAGCAACAAAGCAAACAUGGGUAGAGUAUUUACAAGUAACAUCUGGUACGAGCUGGAAAUGUACAUAAUCCAUAUGGCUAUAAAGAACCAUUCGGUAUAUGCGUACACUGGACCGCUUUAUUUGCCCAACUGCAGCAAUCAAAAGGACUGGUCGCUGGAUUACGAGAUUAUUGAUUGGAUUCCUGUGCCAGUGCCUUCGCACUACUUCAAGGUGCUAGUAAUGGAUCCGCCUGCGCCUGAUUGCUCUCCUUACAUGGAGGGCUUCAUUAUACCGAAUAGAAGAAGUCUUGCCGGCUCACAGCUGCAUGAAUUCCUAAGCGACGUCGAAGAGAUCGAACGUUAUACGGGUCUGAAUUUUGCCAAUUGUUUGCGACACCAUGUCCUCAUCGAUGGCAACGACUUUCCGCCGCAUGAUCCCUCUAAACGGCCCACCCUUGAAGAACUAUCUGAAAGAGUGGCGAAAUUUCGGCACGUAACUCCUGAAGAAUUCAUGUAAACAAACCACAACAGAAACACAAAAAAUAAGUACAAAAAUGUGAAAGUAAAUGCAUUUUGUAAUUAAA